AUGAGUAUUACGACUGUGUACUUUGAGUUAAACGAAGCCUGCAAGAGAAAUCAUGUAGUUAUCACAAUGAACUCGGUCCUGAGAAUGAUCUCGACAUUGUGUAUGGUGGAGACACUAGCGAGGAUGACGAGUGGCCAAACCAAACAGGAUAGAACUGCGUUCUUAGAUACAGGCCUAACCGCAAAUUUGUUGCUUCUUCUGAAGCGUACCAUUCAAGUUAAAAGCGAUGUGGCCAGCUACAUUCAUGGAUCGCCAGAAUUGAUGGGAUUUGGUUUACUAAAAGAUAUUGGGAUCCACCAGGCUUAG